AUGCGGUGGACAGACAAAUCAGCCCCUUUGUUGGGACUGGUCCUACUAACAAACACCGCCAAAGCUGCAGUCGACCUCUCCCAAUACGUAAACGUAUUCAUCGGCUCCGAAGGUCCCGAUGGAACCGGGGCCGGCGGAGGCGACAUAUUUGUAGGUGGUGCGCGGCCGUUCGGUGUUGCGAAGGUGGGCAUAGACUCGACGGCUGCGAAUUGGUCUACGGCUAUUUUGAAUGGUGGGUGGACGCCCGAUGGAAACGUUACGGGUGUUAGUAUGAUGCAUGAGAGUGGGACAGGGGGUGCGCCCAAGUAUGGGCUGAUUGCCCAGAUGCCGUUGACAUCGGUUGAGUCGCCUGUCAAUAUUCUUGACAACCAGACUUAUAGUCAGCCGAGGGUUGGAGAAGAUGAGGCGAGUGUGGGCUACUAUAAAACUCGGCUGGAAAGUGGAGUAACCGUUGAGUUAUCUGCUUCGCGUCAUGCUGGGAUUAUGGAGUAUUCAUUCCCAGAUGGGGAGAAACAUGUUCUUAUUGAUGUUUCUCAUUAUCUACCUGGAUCUCCAGGAGACUCCGGAAGUCAGUUUUACGUUGGUGGAGAGAUUGAAAUCGAAGACGAUGGAAAAUCAUACAGUGGAUAUGGAACCUACGUCGGCGGAUGGAAUAACGGCAAGCCAAAAACCAUCUUCUUUUAUGGAGAAUUCUCCACGACUCCAGAGCAGGCGCGCACCUUUUCCGGCGUCAACACAGACCCAAUCCCGAGGUAUCAAAACUUGGCGAACGGCGGAACAAGCCAGCCAACUUACGGGAACCAGACUAAAAAAGCCAACUCGGGCCCAAUGACCAACCGCAUCGGUGCAUUGAUGAGUUGGAAGUCCGGAUCAGCCUCACACGUUGUUUCGCGUGUGGGAAUUUCCUCAAUCUCCACUGCAAGAGCCCGCUCGUACAUCGAAAACGAGAUUCCAUCGUGGACGUUGAAUGACACUGUAGCUGACGCAGUCAAAGAAUGGAACAAGGAUGUCUUCGAUAAGAUUCAGGUCCCAUUGGAUGAUUCAGCGAACAUGACACACGUCAGAUUGCUCUAUAGCUCCCUAUACUUCAUGCACCUGAUGCCAUCCGACCGAUCUGGCGAGAAUCCAUUAUGGGAGUCUGAUGAGCCAUUCUGGGAUGACUUUUACACCAUGUGGGAUAUCUUCCGCUGCACGGUCAGCUUCUAUCACAUCUUCCAACCAGAGUACUACGAGUCCAUGAUCCGAGCUUUAAUCGAUAUCUGGAGACACCAAGGUUAUAUGCCAGACGGCCGCUCUGGAAACUGGAAUGGCCUCGUUCAAGGCGGUUCAGAUGCCGACAAUGUCCUAGCAGACGCCUAUGUCAAAGGUCUCCGAGGCUCCAUAAACUGGACAGACGGCUACGCAGCAAUGGUCAAAGACGCAGAAGUAACACCAUACAACACAUUCGAUCCUACAGAUUUCACAGCGAGUACGAAAGAAGGUCGUGGCGCAUUGGACGACUGGAAAGAGCUUGGCUACGUAUCCGAGGACCGCAAUACGCGCAGUAUCUCGCGGACUGUUGAGUAUAGUUUGAAUGAUUUUGCGCUUAGUCAGGUUGCUAAGGGAGAGAUGCCGGGUGAUGUGCAGAAGUAUUUGAAUCGAUCAGCGGGGUGGCAGAACAUUUGGGAUGAGAGCGUGGAGAGUUUGAACUUUACGGGGUUUUUGGCGCCAAAGUUUUCGGAUGGGGCUUUUAAUAAUUCGGGGUAUGAUCCGAGGUUGUGUGGUGGGUGUGAGUGGUCUUCGUAUACUUAUGAGGCUGUUCCGUGGGAAUACUCGUUUGUUAUUCCUCAUGAUGUUGAGACAUUGAUCAAGUUUAUGGGAGGAUCGGAGACGUUUGAUUCACGGCUUGAUAUGAUGUUCAAACCCAACAUGGCCAUUCAAGAUCUCGGUGACAAUGGAGCUGGUAUUACGACAUUGAUGAAUAUUGGAAACGAGCCCGAUUUCGCUACACCUUACCUGUACAACUAUAUCAACAAGCAACACAAGAGUGUCGCACAGUCACGCAGCCUCGCUGACGAAUACUUCAAAGAUGCUGCCUACGGCAUACCCGGCAACAGCGACGCCGGAGCCAUGAAUUCCUGGCUCCUAUGGCAAAUGCUGGGUAUCUACCCCAUCGUCACGCAGCCCGUAUACCUACUCUCGUCACCAUGGUUCCCGGAUCUGAACAUGACGAUCAACGGAAACAAAACGCUCCGUAUCUCCGCGACCGGGCUGGAUGCCGGAUUUUACGUGCAGAGCGUGAAGAUCAACGGGAAGCAAUGGACAAAGAACUGGUUCGAGCACGAAGAUGUCAUGAUUAAUGGCGGAAGGAUCGAGUUCGAGCUAGGCAAGGAUGCCAAGAUGUGGGAGAGUGGAGAUGUGCCGCCCUCACCCGGACAUGUGCAAUUGAAAUAG